CCGCGGCGACCCCCCUCGCCCAGGAUGCGGUCGGCGGCGGGGUGCCGGCUGCUGGCAGGAGCCGGGGGCGGGCGGGCUCGGCCGCCGCGGCUGGGAUCAGGCUGCCGCUCGGUUGCCAUGCGGAGCGGCGGGGCGAGCGCGGCGGGGCGCGGCGGGAGGGCGCGGGGCGCCGAGGGGCGAUAGGCGGGCGCGGAGCCCACGGAGCUCUCCAGGGUGCUGGCGCGCAGCCGCCCGCGGGAGCCGCGCCGCAGAGCCCCUCCGAUGCCUCGGACGCGGCAGCUCCGGGACUCCGGGAGCAGCAUGGCCCGGAUUAGGUACCUCCGCGCGGCUGUCUCGGGGUUUUAUCUGUGGGAAGCCGCGGUGCUGCUCAGCUUGGUAGCCACAAAGGAAACAGACAGUGCAAGAUCUCGUAGCAUGCCAAUGUCGCCAUCUGAUUUCCUGGAUAAACUAAUGGGUAGGAUGUCAGGCUACGAUGCAAGGAUCAGACCAAAUUUCAAAGGCCCUCCAGUUAAUGUCACAUGCAACAUAUUUAUAAACAGCUUUGGAUCCAUUGCAGAGACAACCAUGGAUUACCGGGUGAACAUCUUUCUCCGUCAGAAUUGGAAUGAUCCACGCCUCGCCUACAGUGAAUAUCCAGAUGACUCUUUAGACUUAGACCCAUCCAUGCUGGAUUCAAUUUGGAAACCUGAUUUGUUCUUUGCUAAUGAAAAAGGUGCCAAUUUUCAUGAAGUUACAACAGAUAAUAAGUUGUUGCGAAUUUUUAAAAAUGGAAAUGUACUUUAUUCCAUCAGAUUGACUUUAAUACUGUCCUGUCCAAUGGAUCUCAAAAAUUUUCCAAUGGAUGUGCAAACAUGUAUAAUGCAGCUGGAAAGUUUUGGAUACACAAUGAAUGAUCUCAUUUUUGAAUGGCAAGAAAAGGGAGCAGUUCAAGUAGCAGAAGGACUCACUCUGCCACAGUUUCUGUUGAAAGAAGAAAAGGAUUUAUGUUACUGUACCAAGCAUUACAAUACAGGAAAGUUUACAUGCAUUGAAGUCCGAUUUCACCUUGAGAGGCAGAUGGGUUACUAUCUCAUCCAGAUGUACAUACCGAGUCUCUUGAUCGUCAUUCUCUCCUGGGUGUCAUUUUGGAUCAACAUGGAUGCUGCUCCAGCCAGAGUGGCCUUGGGCAUAACAACUGUACUGACCAUGACAACACAAAGCUCAGGUUCACGAGCAUCUCUUCCAAAGGUGUCAUAUGUCAAAGCAAUUGACAUCUGGAUGGCUGUGUGUCUGCUAUUUGUGUUUUCUGCACUUUUGGAAUAUGCAGCUGUAAACUUUGUGUCAAGGCAGCAUAAAGAACUUCUACGAUUCCGCCGCAAGAGGAAGAAGAACAAGUAUUUUGAGGGAAUUCUUGAUGGAAAUGAAAUCAGUGAAUCAUUGCAGCAUAGCAAUGGCUUGAGAUGUGCAGGACCUAUAGACGGGAGUUUUCCUCAAAUCUACAGUACAAAUUUAAGGGAUGAUGAUGCAAGUCAGUUUAGUUUUACAGCAUAUGGAGUGAGCCCAUGUAUGCAAGCAAAAGAUGGAGUGACACAAAAGGGGCCAAAUAAUCCAGUUCAAGCUGCACCAAAAAGUCCUGAAGAGAUGCGAAAAGUAUUCAUUGACCGGGCCAAGAAGAUAGACACUAUAUCCAGAGCUUGCUUCCCAUUAGCCUUUCUCAUUUUCAAUAUUUUUUAUUGGGUAAUUUACAAAAUCAUCAGGCAUGAAGACAUUCACCAAUAGCAAGGCUUGCAGUGCAUACACAUCUGGCUGCCACGCUCAACAGGAGGCUUUCUCUUAGAAAUGUGCAUCUGAGGAGUGAUUAGGAGAGUUAAAGUUGACAAGAUAAAAAGUAGAUUCCUCAUGGCCUACAAUGCCCAAUCAGAGUGGAAUGGAAGAGUGACACCCGGAGAAGAUAAUCUGCUACUGCAAAUUUUCCUUGUCAAACGAAACAUUGACUUUUCAUUUUAAAUCACCCUCUACUGAAGCUUUACUGCCAAGUAUUUAUACAUACAGUUACAUACUGUUAUAAUUGUACAGUAUUCUUUGAUGUUUCUUAUUUUUCUUCAAUUCUGGUAUAUUUUUAAUUUAAAAAUUGGUUCCAGAAUAUCCUAGGUUAAUCCCACAGUAUUAUAGUGUUUCUAAAGUUUAUUUCAGUUUUACAAGAUAAUAACAAUUACUGAUUUGAGAUUACAGUUUUAAGGACUUUUUCUUGUCUUAUGGAUAGUACUUGCGGUUUUGCAAUGACCACAUUUGACUCAUUUAAGUAAUAUAAUUUAUUCAAAGUACUUCAUAUUACCAUUCCCCUGGAAGACAUAUGUUCAAUUAAUCUCAGACAGCACAAGGUACCUACAGCCUAGUAGUCUGCAUAACAUAUGGGAAAUAUCUUAAAGUUUGUAAAGUAUUGAUUCUUGCAAAGGAAUUUUUUUCUUUUAAUAACCUACACUUUGAUAAUUGAAAUGUAAUAUUUUUAAAACCUUUUUAUAUUUUUAAGGUUUUUUUUUCUCAAUUGAUAAAACUCAUAUAGCUUUUGAGGCAAAUGACAUCAAAGUUUUGCAAUGCUUCGUUUUGAUUCAAUGCAAACAGAUCUUGGACCAAACUAAAAGCAAAUAGUCAACUGCUUUACUGAAACAUUUGGAGAAUAAGUACAGCUCUGGUUUUGCACAUUUAUCUCCUACACAUUACAUAAAUACAGGGAGUUUAAUUUAUGAAUAUACCAAGUUUUUUCUGUUUCAUUCUUUGAAGUACAUCGAUAUGAGUUGGAUAUUGGUUAAGAACUUCAGAACCCUGGAAAAACAUCCAGCUCUUCCAAAACCAUCUGGAUGGCCUUUUAUUGUCCUUUGCAUUAAUAAAUUGGAGAACAGCUAUUAAAGCUCUUAGAGAGAUUUUCCCUGUCUAGGAUUAAACAAGUCCUGUUAGUUUCUUCUUUGAAUGAUAAUGCAAUAGAAUACCUUACAGCAUAGUUUGUAGGCAAGAGUGUUUAUUUUUGCCAAUCUUGCCUACAGAAAAACAAAAAGAAGCUAAUAUACAAAAAAUUGACAUUUAGAAUUGCUAGAUACUUCAAGUCCAGUAGCCGAGGCUGUUUGUCAUUGCAAAUUUUUGAUUUUGGGUUGUUGUUGCUCAGAAUCUGUAUACAAUAGUAAAAUACAGCUGGGGGCAAAUAUCUGGUGCCUUGCCAAAGGCAUGGUGUAUAGAAAAUAACAGAAGCAAUGUAACUCUGCGCUGAGGAUUAUAACACAGCAACCUUGAGUUUGAUUGGAUUUGUGUUGUUUUCCUCCAAGGAUUAGGAAGAGAGAGUCUAAAAUAAUAGCUCUCAGAUUUUGUUUAGUUGUGUCCAAAAGAAGCGGUAUAAUCCUCCUUUACUUUAAAACAGUGGUUGGGGAGUAGUUUUGCUUCAUUUAUGAUCUGAAAUUAAUUCAAUACAUUUUAAACAAUUAUUUUUUUCUGAGGCUGUAUCUUGGUUUUGUUGUUUUCUUUAUGUGCAUGUUCCAAAAAAAUCCUGUUCACUUAUGAAGGUGCUCAUCUGUGUGAGUGGGUAUCAUGAGUCUGACAUUUCAGUUGGGUUAUAUUCAUCUCUCUGAAAGUUAUCAUUAAUUGUAUCAUGUGAAAAGAGGUGCUAACUUGCUUCAGCUAUCAGCAAAGACCACAAUAUUUUGUUUAAGGAAUUUUUGAAGAACUACUUGCAUAAUCAACACAAAAUCAUAAAAAAAUACAUUAUCUUUCAGGAUCAUCUCUCCUCUUUCUUUCUAAUAUAGCUGACUUUCAUUCAAUAAAGAAUUCUUAACUGAAGAGAUAAGUGCAUAAAAAAAAUUCUAGCCAGAUCAGAAUAACUCCUUGUUUUUCUUGUUUAUAACACUUGAGUACCUGGUUCACAUUUACUUUUUCCCAAUUAUUCGUCUGUUGCUCUUGUACAUGUAAUAUUACCCUGUUUUGAAAAACAUUGACAGAAUUGAGGGUAUAAUGCAGAGCUAAAUAAAUUUAGACAUUUUUUUUUUCUUCAUUUCUUAAAGUAGAAAAGGUCUGUGCUCUCAUAUAGAGAAAUUGACCGGAAAUCUUGAAAGCGAUAAAAGAGAGACUGGAUUACAACACUGGUAAAAUGUAACAAAGGAGAGCAGAAGGAAUGUAUAUUGUUAAGCUAGAAGGACAAGAUCAUUCAUUCAUAUAUGAACCUAUUACCUCAGCGAGAGAGAAUACCCUUUGUGCCACAUUUCUCUUUGACUAGAGUAACCUAAUCUAAGGAAAAAUUACAGCAUAUAACAGAUAUGAAUUAAAAUGGAUAUAUUAAAUUUCCAUUAAAAUGGAAAACUUACAGCAUAUAACAGAUAUAAAAUAAAAUCCUAGCCAGGAUCCAUCUCUUCAGCCAUGCACUAUGGUGAGAGAGAAGAGGGUCUCAGAUCUGGCCAAUAGAAAGCAUAACCCUUCCUCUGUGUAGUCAUAUUUCUCUUUCAUAGGCUGUUAGAUUGGCAGGUUGAGCAUACCCUACUUCGCUACUGAAAGUUUACAUACAACGCUCAGUCUUCUAACAGGGCACACUGAAAAUAAAGAGAAUUAAGUAUGCUC